AUGACAAUGAUAAUCAAAUGCUGUGGAUAUAAAAAAGAGAGAUAAGAGUUAUGAUAGAGGCGCCUGUGGUUUCUGAAUAAGAAGACCUUGGAACCAAAAUGGAUGAUGACGAGCUCAGCUAUCUGGACAGAUCGUUAGAGAGCAGUAUUUUGAGCAGAAUUGCAAAGGAAACCAACAGUGGAGGUAACAGCAUGUUUAGCAGAGAAAGCAGUCUGGAUAGCCGGCGCAGCAAGUGCAGUGACAGCAGUAGAUUAAGCAGGGAAACGGAUGAAAGCAGUAGCGUCAAUAUUGACGACCUCUCAUUGUUGUCGGUGUCGUUCCCUGCUCGCUUAUGGCAUCAAUGGAUCAUGGGUCUUCCAAUGCCACUGGGGAAGAUGUCUGACUAUGGUUUCGAGGAGGAGGACGGGGGGGGCAUGGGAGGCCACCAGACAGACGCCGGCCAGAAUUACAUCACCGUCAUUCCCGUCGAGUACCCCACCAGGAGACCUUACGCCGACUACGAUGCUUUCCCUCGAUCCGCCACUAUAUCAAGACGUCCACGAGGUGAGACAGAUGCAUUCCCAAGAUCCGCCACUAUCUCCAGGGAGUUCCUGCGAGAGAGGGCAGCUGCGGAUUUCCUUCGGGGAGACUACAAAGGUAGCGCCGACCACCUGGACAAGGCAGCAGGCUUUUAUCCUGGCCUUCCACCUCCGGCCUUCGAUGUCCCGCCCUUGACUCUGGACCCGGAGACCCGCCGCCCAUCCACCCACCUUAUGGCCACCCCGACACCAGCACAGACGAGCGCUGCGCCCAUGGCCCCUCAUUCGAUGGCCACUUCGACAAGCACACCCUCAGCCACGCAUCCUUCGGUCCCUCAGGCAGUCACGCAUCCAGACGACAUGGAGAAGCACACCAAUAAAAACGAACCAGAGAGGAAAAGAGUCGAAGUCUGCGUCUUCCUUCAUUCCCGAGUUGCAGUGCGAUUACGCCUUGAAGAUGGUGGGCGCAUUACGGCUCAAGAACUCCAGGCGAUGGUCAUCGAAGAAGAGGAUGUGGCCCUUCCAAAGCAGGCCAUGGAGGUCUUCGCUAUCUGGAUGGUCUCUCCGGUACUAGAAAUUCAGUUAAAGCCUUACCAGCGGGCCCUUGAAGUAAGGCGUCAGUGGGGUGAACUCCUGAAGAGAUUUACGCAAAUGCCGAGUCGACCUCAGGAUGCCAGAUAUGCUUAUGAACCCAAAAUGGUGCUUCGGAGAAACGUGUUUUUCAGUAAAAGGGACGAAGUCAAGAUCAGAGAUGCCAAGAUCUUAGAAUUGCUGUAUGAGGAAGCUCAGUGGAACAUGAGGUCAGCUAGAUACCCUUGCGAACUCUCAGAUUAUGAGAUGCUGGCUGGCAUCCAAGCAAGGCUCGAGCUGGGGCCAUAUGACCACACAUCACACACACCUUCUUUCUUUAGGCGACGUCUCUUAGAUUACCUUCCGGAGCACGCGUGUAGGCUGAAAUUCAGCGACCUGGUCAGUUUCAGCAGUAAAUCCACCCCUGAGAUCCGGGUCAUCGAGCAGUUCCGAUCUAUUCCCACGAACGUCACUGCGAGAAAACUGGUCCGGAAAUAUUUAGAGUUUUCCUGGUCUUUGCCUUAUUACGGGAGCGCGUUCUUCCAUGGCCAAAUAGAACAACCUACUCGAGGCGUUAGUUCGUGGCUCCCAAGACCUGAUUUACCAGUCCUUGUUACAAUAAACGCCACUGGGGUCACCGUCAUUGACCCAAAGAAAUCCACUGUGUUACUAAGUUUACGUUAUGAUGAACUGUCAUGGGACUUCGCCCGGCCGAGCAGCGAUCGAAGCACCUCCUGCCUUCCCUGUCUCUUCCUACAAUUUGCCGUCGUGGAGAAUGGCAGAAGAUUCUCCAAACUCCUGCAAAUCUUCUCAAAACAGGCAAUUAUGAUGGAUGCGUUGAUCAGCACUUUCGUUGAGGAGCUGAAGCGUCGGGCAGCUCAGUACCCAGAUGACCUAGAGGGACAUAUGCUGGACCAAGGCACUGAAAUAGACGGUAUGAAUAUGGCCCACAUUAGCUCUCCUGCCCCAUUGGUUUGGUCUUUAAAUGUUUUGGUGCCCCUGUCGACGGUCUCUCGGAAGGAAGUGCCGGGGUCCGUUCUCUGUAACAAAUUGCAUAGGCUCUCUUUAGCUACUUUCACCGAAGAUGCAUCUGUCCUGGCAGGUCGCUGUGUUGGGACCAUGGGUUCCUGGCAGUUUAGCAGAUGAGUAGAUGCCAUUGACUUUGUGUGACCCGCCACCUCUGCCUCAACCAAGCCCAAGCCCCAGGUGCCUAACUCGGAAUCUACCACCUCAUGGACGACGCCUGCGCCAGAAUCCACGCCCCUUCUCAAUUCGUGAUGGAGUCACGCUACUCACCUCACUGUAGCUACUCGGUCAUUCGCUCUCUGUCAUGCAUGAUUUGGCUUCAUGCUCUGUUUGUGGCUUAUGACUUCGAGGUCAAUAUUCGAAGAAAACACCAAGAACUAAUUGUCAAAGUUUAAAAGCUUGUUGACAUUUCACCUAAACACUCACGUUUCCUUCCUUUCAAAAUAUUUCUCGUCAUUUUUAUUUUUGUGACAGUGCACCACCUUGAAUUCGAGUCAGCAUUUCUUGAGAUCUAUUUGACAUCGUUUCCCUCUCUCCUCUCCUCUCUUCACUGCAACAUUUGCAAUCUUCAUUUUUGUACUUCUCUACCGGUAAUUGACUUCACCAUCAUCAGCAAGCAAUUCAUUACCAUCACUAACCGAAUGAUGAACAUCAUAUCAUUUGCAUCCUCCUGUCUCAUCAUCGUCAGCAUCAUCAUCAUCAUCCUCAUCAUCAUCAUUAUCAUUGUGAUGGCAUUACAUUCAUAAACGCUACCUAUUCUUCAUCUUAGAGUUCUCCAUCAUCAUCUUCUAGAUAGUGAAAUCAUAAUCUUUGGCACUGACAUCAUUAUCAUCCCAGUGGGAAUUUUACAUUUAUCAAAAGGAUUCACACCAUCGUGAAUAAUCACACAAUCUCUAAAAUUUUCUCGUGAAAUUAGAGUAACUGGGCUGUCCUGGGAUUCAGUCCAAUCUAGUGGUCGUCUGGGUCGUUGCAUUUGUAUCGGCAAUUUUUGGUUAGGGGAUAAAUGCUUCGGUUUCGUCCUGAUGUCAUUUCUUCGCAUUUGUACUGGCUUGACAUUUGGUCGGGAUUUAGUCUCAUAGAUUCAUCUAAAUCAGUCUGAGAUCUGUUUCUUGAAUAUACCAAAAUGCUAGAGCGUCUCUUUUGAGGGCCACAUGGUUUCUUUUCUUAUAUCAGUGGCAGUAAGUAUCAAAUCCCAGGUUUUUUAACUUAGUAUGGCUUUUUUUUCUGUGUGCCUUGGCGAGACAAGUACUCUAAUUUACUUCACUCCCUAAGCCCAUAGAGAAAACAGUAGUCACAACCGGAGAGGAGUUAAGGAAUAAAGAAUCGGUGUUCUCAAGGAAAACUAUGUUCAGUCUAUUUUCAAUCUCCGCACAUAAAAUGGAGACUUGCUCUGCAGUUCUCUAUUCACAUCGUUUUCCUCUGAUAUCCUUUUCAGUUCGAGCAAUACUUUCACUGCUCUUUCCCAUCUGAAUUCUGGCAAAUGUCAAGCCAACCAAAACUCUAUGGGUAGCGCUGAAAAUAAAUACAUUAAUUUUUCUUAACAGUUGAUAGAACUAAAGAACACCGUACCGGGGCUGUAUCAUUAUCUCCAAAUAUUUUUAUAAAUAUCGAAAUUUGAUGUCAUAACUGAAAAUAAAAGUUGUUUAGAGGUAAAAGCAAUUAAUGAGUCAAGCAAUGUUAGUAAGAGACUAUAUAAGAAAUCAAACAGUAAGGACUAUUUUCAAGGGUUAAAGCCUUCACAACAAGACGAAAAUUUACAUGUGGAAAGGUUAUUUGGGUAUCUAAACCUAACAUACGUUUCUUAAUUUUGUAACAAGGUUUCAGCAGUUACUUAUGUAUGUUCAGUUCUGUAUAAACUCCUAAUGACAUAGGCUCCCAGAGGAUGGCUUAUUUUGAUAUCCAUGAUGUCUUAUGCGCAUAGCAUGCAUGUCAACAUCUGCCAACAAUACUGAGGCCACAGUUUAAAUUUAAAACACCACAUGUAACAUUUUUUACAUUCUUUCAUUGAAAUAUGAUAUCUCUCUCUCUCUCUCUCUCUCUCUCUCUCUCUCUCUCUCUCUCUCUCUCUCUCUCUCUCUCUCUCUCUCUCUCUCUCUCUCUCUCUCUCUCUCUCUCUCACACACUUUUAAAACAUAACUGUCUCGAAAGUCAAUUGUUUUAUGUUUUCUAUUAAUUAGUGCAAGAUGACUUGCAAAUCAACCAGGAGUGUGGUCUUAAGACUCGAGAGAGAACUGGAACAAUUAUUAUUAUUAUUAUUAUUAUUAUUAUUAUUAUUAUUAUUAUUAUUAUUAUUAUUAUUAUUAUUCCUGCUACAGUCCCAUGCAGCUUAAAGUUAUCUUUUUCUAAACUUCUGAUGUUGUCUUUUUCUACUUUUGGAAGGCUAAAGAUAAGAUGUCCUAAUCCUCCGCUGCUUCCUCUCCCAACGUCACACACAAACGGAGUCAUUCCAACACAGACUCUCAAAGGAAUCAGAUCUCAGGAGAUGUUCCUAGGAGGAAUGAAACGUCAGGAGAAAAACCAGAAAUGGCAGAGGAAGCAGCAGAGGAAUUAGGACAUCUUAUCUUCAGCCUUCCCAUAGAAGAAAAAGACGGCAUCAGAAGAUUAUAAAAAGAUUACUUUAAGCUGAAUGGCAAUGUAGCUGGAAUUAAAUUCAAUAAAAUAUGCUUAAAUGAAGGGUUACUACCAAUAUAUUAUUAUUUUUUUUUAUUACUAUUAUUAUUGUUGUUGUUAUUGUUGUUCUUGUUGUAGUUGCUGUAGUUAAAAUGGCAACUAGCUGAUACUUCGAUGCAGCUUAAUUUUUUAAAUCCUUCCACUCUUUUAUUCUGUAAGCCUCACUAUUACAAAUUUCUAUUCGCUUGGUUAACUAAUCUUUACGUCGUGUGAUGCUGGAUUGUUCAGACUCUAAGCUUUGGUUUGGCCAGUACCCAAGCGCUUUUCCACACACGCACUGAAAAUCUCACCAUAAAACUGUUUGCCUUUCAUCAAAAUUUGACGGGUCGGCAAAAUGAAAUUCCCAGCCGAGCGCUCCCAUAUUCAUAGGAUUUUCUUUUUUUUAACCUUUGCAUGGCACGCUGUAUACCUGCUAAAGACUCCAUCUGCAAAAAACGUGUUGUAAUCACACGAAUAUUGGGUUGGGUGCUAUAGGAUACAAAUGAACUAGGUGAGCGGAGCCAUUUUAGGAUAGUGCAAUCUGAGGGCAGAUGUAAUUCGAGCUCUAAAAGUGGGAAGGAAAUACGAUAAAUCUUGAAGGUCCAUAAAGUUAGGAUCAUUAUGAUGUUACUUUGGCCUAGAUUGGAAAAAUGACUGAAAAACUGGAGAAUUUGGCUUUUUAGGUAGAAUGGGCCGCAUCUUUUAUCAUCAGUUAGCCAAAUGUAUUCAUACCAGUCACGCCAUAUUUCUAUUUAUGGACCUGCCUCUCUGUUCACUGACUAAGAGUCAUCCAAUCUGAUCGAAGCGUUUCGGCCUGUAUUCGGAGGCACAUGUGAUACUUCGGCGUACAAGUACAUAGUUUGUUAAUAGAGAACUUCCAGUACAAUAUUGCAUUUUUUUUGUUAUGUUUACCCAACAGAUGACUGACUUCUUGUACUACAACAAACAUUACUUCUCUGUACCAUGUCCAAAAUAGCUAACACACGUCAGGGUGAUAUUAGUUCUAUAUUCUUUGGCUCACAAAGGCGCGUGUGCCGAUGAACCGCUAUCUAUUGUGUCAGAAUACUCUUAAGUUAGUCACAAAAAAAAAUAAAUAAAUAAAUGACUGGUCACACAAAGCAAAUAAAGUUGUAACUUGUCUCGUGUCAAUAAAACACAGAUAGAAGGAAAUAAAAGCUAUGAACUUCGCAUUUAGGUAAAGAUGACGUGAAUUAUUGCAUUACAUUGCAUAUAAUUAUAUGCGUAUUUCUCACUUUUAUGGCUGUACUUACACAAAUACAUACAUACAUGCAAACAUACAUAUACAUAUACAUCUGUAAAUAAAGGUAAUGUCACUGAGGAAAAUGAAAAAGCGAGAACUGCCGAGAUCUUUCUGUCUUAGCGACCCUUUGCUUAAGGGCAAAGGGCAGUUCUCGCUUUUUCAUUUUCCUCAGUGACAUUACCUUUAUUUUUACAUGCCAUCACGUUAUUUAUGUUUCG